UUUCUUGUCCUCACCGAGAUUUAGCAAUUUUCCCCAAACACGAGUGUGCAAGAUGCAAAGUGUAAUCGUUAAACGUACCCGUAGCCACUGAAUUACAACUAAUGCACCGCAAAGGAACGUUCCUCUACACUACAAGGCUUCCUAGCGAAUAAAAAAAAUAUGUCGGGAAUUAAACGGAAAAUAGAAGAUGGUGAUCCCGACUAUGAAGACAUUGCACUCGUCCAAAAUAGUAAACGAAACAAAGCUGCGGAGUUAAGUGCUCGAGAUGCAACAGUCCAGAAGAUAGAAGCCAUCAUCACUGAGCAGUUUUCUUUGGAGAUGAAGAACAAAGAGCAUGAAAUAGAUAUUAUUAGUCAGCGACUCAAUGAAGCCCGAAGAAUGAUGGACAAGUUGAGAGCGUGCAUAGUGGCCAAUUUCUAUGCCAACGCUGGCAUGACAAAGCUCCAGGAGAGCUCUAAGAGUGACCCCGCAGUGCUAAACCAUCCAGCCAUCCGCAGAUUCUUAGAGUCUCCGUCUCGUUCCUCCUCCCCUCUCAACCAGGGCUCAGAGACUCCUUCACUGGCCCAGUCUGAGUCAGAGUCCCUUUCGCAGCAUGGAGAUGCUACUGACAAGGAUGCAGAGGGAGUGUGGAGAGAGGACAGCAGUCGGUCUGAACGGAGACCUGGUCGCAACACUGGGAAGGAUACAUUUGGUGUGCCAACGGUGGUUGGAAAUGAGCAGAAGUUGACCUAUAACACCACUGGAGAUGAGGCAUCCAGACUCUAUGCAAAGAAGACGAUCGUCGUGGGAAAUGUUUCCAAAUACAUUCCUCCCGAUAAGCGGGAGGAGAACGACCAGUCGACUCACAAGUGGAUGGUGUACGUCAGGGGCUCCAGGAAGGAGCCCAGCAUCGACCAUUUUGUCAAGAAAGUCUGGUUCUUCUUGCACCCUAGCUACAAACCUAAUGACCUGGUGGAAGUCAGCGAGCCUCCAUUUCAUUUAACCCGUCGCGGAUGGGGUGAGUUUCCUGUAAGGAUCCAGAUCCAUUUUAAAGACCCUCGCAACAAACGUAUCGACAUCAUCCAUCAGCUGAAGCUUGACCGAACUUACACCGGGCUGCAAACACUGGGUGCAGAGACAGUGGUGGACGUGGAGCUUCAAAGGAAUUCUCUUGGCGAGGAAUACAUCUUGCAGUCAUCUUCUUCCAAGGUGACUCACAGAGCGAACAGCCCAUUGACGGCCACCUCGACCUCGCAGCCUUGCGGUCACUCCAGUUCGCCCAUCUCGUAUGAUUUCACUUUCGACAAAGCUUUGCUCAAAGCGGACACAGGUAGGUCAGCAGGAAGUCACGGCUCAGGCCUCACUGCGGGCGAACGCACACCGACACGACCCAAAGCCAGUGAUAGGAUCACUCUGGGUUCCCAUGGAAACUCAGCCUUCCAGCCCAUUACAGCAAGCUGCAAGAUUGUUCCCCAAGGACAGCCGCCUAGCCCCGCUGAGUCUCCUGGGAAGUCGUUCCAACCAAUAACAAUGAGCUGCAAAAUUGUCUCAGGUUCUCCCAUCUCUACACCAAGCCACUCACCGCUGCCUCGCACACCAACCUCCGCCACCCCUGUCCACAGCAAACACAGUUCAUCCUCGGUGCUCAACAACCCUUACGUCAUCGUGGACAAGCCGGGCCAAGUGACUGGUGUGGCGCCCUCAUCGGCCGCCUCCGCAGGAAGCCCCUCGGCAAAGCAGUCUGCUGCUCAGGGAACCCGCUCUCCAGCCCCUAAAGUCCACACAGGAACAUUCCUCUCAUCUGGAAUGAAAGUUAUCAUCAAGCAGGAGCCAGGUGAAGUUUCAACACAGCAGCAGCAGCAGAUGGCUUCCACGGUAACCACCCAACAGCAAUCAGCUGGUACAGCGUCACAUCAGUUUGUCUCAGUCAAAGGAGGACACAUGAUCUCCAUGUCUGCCCAGAAGCAGGGUGGAGGGGGCUCAGGAACCACAACAAACAAGAUGUUAGGUAUUCCCGUGAGUUCAACGCUCCAGUCUGCUGUGAAACAGGUGGCCAUCAGCAGCGGGCAGAUUCUGGUCGCCAAAGGCAACCCCUCUGUCUCUAAGGUGGUGGGAGGAAAGCAGGUUUUGGCUCAGGGGGUAGCAAAAGCCAUUGUCAGCGGAGCUAGCGGCAUCUCGGGUCAGCAGGCGACAGCCAAGGCAGGUGGGGGUUCGAGUGGCAAAACUGGAGUGAUGGCUACUCUUCAACUGCCUGCCAACAAUCUGGCUAAUCUGGCCAAUUUGCCUCCGGGCACCAAGCUCUACCUGACCACCAACAGCAAGAACCCCUCAGGGAAGGGCAAGCUGCUUCUCAUCCCACAGGGAGCCAUCCUCCGAGCCUCCGGUGCAGGUCAGCAGUCUCAGAGCAGCUCAUCAGCAGGCGCAGGGGGCACUCAAACUUCCUCCUCCUCAUCAUCCAGUAGUUUGCCUUCCAACCUCUCCUACACAUCCUACAUCCUUAAACAGACCCCUCAGGGCACGUUUCUUGUGGGCCAGCCAUCACAGGGUUCAGGGAAGCAGGGGCAUUCAGGUGUGGCAGCACAUGCACAUACGUCAUCUCCAGCGACUGCUCCUCAGCAGGGCAUCCGGGUCACAGCGGGACAGAAGGCUGCCAUUUUGGCUCAGAUGGUUGGCAGCUCCCAUGGGGCUCAAGUGAAGUUGUCAGAUGGCUAUGUGAAGACGGUGACAGCAGCAGGCCACGUUUCCAAGCCGGGGAUGACCACAUUGAGAAUGACAGGCGGCGUCAUCACUGCCGCAAGCUCCACCCCCAGCUCAGUCAGCGCUUUGGCAGCUGCCAACCAGCAGCAGGCUUCUGAUGGUGGGAAGUCUGCCUCGCAGCACCACUCCCUCCUGAUGGCAGCCAAUCAAGCAGCAGUGAUCAGUGUGGCUAAGAGCGCCAGCGCCGCAGGAGGUGGCGGCUUGUCGAAGACUGCCGUGGCCACCUUGGUCAAAGGGGCAGCAAACUCUGCUGCAAUGACCAAAUGUGCUGUUGGUUCAGCCGGGGCUCCGGUAACCGUUGCCAAGGGCAUGGCCAGCAUGCCUGUUGUCAGCAUGGCCAAGGGUGUGGGUGCUAUGGUGUCCAAAAACGCUAGUACGUCAUUGGUCACGGCAGCAUCGCUGGUCAGUGGGAUGGCGGCGGGAGGAGGAAAGACUGCUUCAACUCUUUCAGGCAUGCUGAAAAUCCACUCUGGCGGUGCCAACUCACAGCAGACAGUCUUGACUAUCCCUGCUAACCAGUUAAAGCAGUUGGGGGUGACCAGUGGGUCAGCAGCGAUGGAGACCAUACUUAUGCCUGUUGGUAAAGUGAAGACGGAGCCAUGUGCUGGCACAGCUGUCACAGCCGGUCCAUCACCCCCGGCAACGGCCCCCAUCUCCACAUCUGUCCACAUUCCGUCUCCACAUACCACGGUCAAGCAGGAGCAAGGCACCGAUCAUUCUACGCAUGACCUCAUCAACACGGAACACAUAGAGACCAUGAUGCAGCUGAUGACAGCUGUGGUGAAGAAGUUCCCUCUCAUUGUGCCAGAUAAGUCUGAAGACUCGCAUCCAUUCUGUGCCUCUUCAACAGAACAGUAUUAUUCUUGGAAUAUUGGAAAACGCAGGGCAUCAGAGCUUCAGCGAGCAGUGGUCGUUAAGCGGACCAUCCAGAACGUGUUGGAUCACUCGCCUCGCCUCCAAGCUCUAACGCCCCCAAAGACCAGAGAGGUGGUGCAGUGGUGUCGGCAGAGGGGCUACACCCCUCCUGACCCAGAACCCCUGCACAAGAAUGACGAUGAGUCCAUCGAGGACAUCCUCACGCAGAUUGACAGCGAGCCAGAGUGUCCCACCACGCUGACCAGCAGUGACGAGCUGGUGCUACGGCUGGAGCAGAUGCAAGAUCUGCUGAAGACCGAACCGGAGGAGGCCGACGACGAGAUCGUGGACAUUAUCACCGUGAUGCCACCGUGCCAGAAACUCAAGGUCAAGGAGGAGGAACAAGAGGCCGACACUGAGCCCAAGUUCUUCUUGGUGCCUUGCAUGGCGGCCCAGUUUGUCAGUGAAACAGCCGAGCAGAUUGGGAUCACCUUCCAGCCUGCGGAGGUGGAGAAGAACCUUUUUGCUCCGGUGAUUGAAGACAUGAUAUUGAAGGCAACAGAGCAGUUGGCCAGCGACAUCCUGAGAGAAGCUCUGGCUGCCGCCUUUGCCAAAUCCCCUCAGAACAGGGCUCCAAGAGAGAUCACGGCCAUGAACGUUCACCAAGCCAUUUGUAGCAUCCCAACCUGUGACUUCCUCACCAACUCGCACAUGGGUUACCUAAUUAAGGACAACUGAAGCCGGACAAAGCUGACACGUCCCUAACCUUGAUGACGAGCUGGAAGUCUCCCGGAUCCACAUUCCCACCAGAAAGGUCCUCUCGCUUAAUGAUCUCAUUGACUUGAUCACUUAAAGGGCUCACCACCUUGCUGCUCCUAGACGCCACAGCAAGUGGCUCUUUUGUUUUGAUUUCCACAGAUAGUUGCACUCUCGCUUACCUCAUAAGUAGAUAUUUCUUUUUAUUUAUUUUUUAUUUUUUGAACGAAAAUGUUUCCUGUCACACAGCCUGCUAGUUAAUCACAAAAAGGAAGCCUGGGCCAAAUCAACCAUAGACUGACACUUCUUUAUGUAUUCCAAUUUUUCUUAUUCAACUCUGUAGUUCAUGCCCCCCUUAAGCAAAUCUACUGUUGCCAUGGUAACUAAGGAUCUGCCAUGAUGAGCAUCCUUUCAUGUAGUACUGUAUGUAGUACUGUGUUACCCUGCGGGGGUAAUAAUGGUCAUGCAAUUGUGCUGGUUUUAUUCACGUGCCGCGUUCAAAACCUUUUAAUUCACACUAUGAUCGCAUAAAUUGGUAAAGGUUCAUAAUGUUGACAUAAUUUUUAUUACAGUAUGUGUUCUAGUCACCAGUCUCAGUAUUUAUCUGUCAAGUUGAACAACUCAUGUUAUCAUGUACACUCUUUAUGUGAUCAAUGUGAAGUACAACCCCAAUUCCAAUGAAGUUGGGUCGUGCUAAACUUAAAUAAAAACAAUACAAUGAUUUGCAAAUCAUGUUCUACCUAUAUUUACUUGAGUACACUACAAAGACAAGAUAUUUCAUGUUCAAACUGAUCAACUUUAUUGUUUUUAGCAAAUAAUCAUGAACUUAGAAUUUUAUGGCUGCAACACGUUCCAAAAAAGCUGGGGCAGGGUCAUGUUUACCACUGUGUUACAUCACCUUUUCUUUUAACAACAUUCAAUAAACGUUUGGGAACUGAGGACACUAAUUGUUGAAGCUUUGUAUGUGGAAUUAUUUCCCACUCUUGCUUGAUGUACAGCUUCAGCUGUUCAACACUCCGCGGUCUCGGUUGUCGUAUUUUACGCUUCAUAAUGUGCCACACAUUUUCAACGGGAGACAGGUCUGGACUGCAGGCAGGCCAGUCUAGUACCCGCACUCUUUUACUACGAAGCCAUGCUGUUGUAACGUGCAGAAUUUGGUUUGGCAUUGCAUUGCUGAAAUAAGCAAGGGCGUCCAUGAAAAAGACGUUGCUUGGAUGGCAGCGUAUGUUUUUCCAAAACCUGUAUGUAGCCGUGGCCCAAUGGUUAAGAUCAUCGCCCGCCACCGUGGGGCACCAAAGACCCCGACUGGACCAUCCGCCAACAUCCCCCGGACUCAAUGCUGUGGUGUCCUUGAGCAAGACACUGAUACCCCGAAAUGCUCCCCGGAUUCUUCAGCUGCCCCCUGCUCCAGUGUGUUCCACUAACGUGUAUGUGUUCACUGUGAUGGGUAAAAUGCAGAGAAAUAAAAUUUUGUGUGCAUGCAUGCAUGGUCAUGACAAUAAAAGGUGAUUCUUCUUACUGACAUUGGUUUUCUGAAGUGUUCCUGAGCCCAUGUGGUGACAUCCUUUACACAUUGAUGUCGGUUUUUGAUGCAGUGCCGCCUGAGGCAUCGAAGGUCACAGGCAUUCAAUGUUGGUUUUCGGCCUUUCCACUUGCAUGCAGUGAUUUCUCCAGAUUCUCUGAACCUUUUGAUGAUGAUAUGGACCGUAGAUGAUGAAAUCCCUAAAUUCCUUGCAAUUGUACGUUGAGGAACAUUCUACUUAAACUGUUCGACUAUUUUCUCACGCACUUGUUCACAAAGAGGUGAACCUCGCCCCAUCUUUGCUUGUGAAUGACUGAGCAAUUCAGGGAAGCUCCUGUUUAGCCUGUUCACCUGUAGGAUGUUCCAAACGGGUGUUUGAUGAGCAUUCCUAAAUUUUCUCAGUCUUUUUUGUCACCUGUCCCAUCUUUUUUGGAACGUGUUGCAGCCGUAAAAUUCAAAGCUAAUGAUUAUUUGCUAUAAACAAUCAAGUUUGUCAGUUUGAACAUUAAAUAUCUUGUAUUUGUAGUGUAUUCAAUUAAAUAUAGGUUGAACAUGAUUUGUAAAUCAUUGUAUUCUGUUUUUAUUUAUGUUUAACACAACGUCCCAACUUCAUUGGAAUUGGGGUUGUAGAAGCUGUUUGCAAGUCUGUUUUAUAUUUUUAUCCAAGAUCAUAACAUGACAAAAGCGUGUUUGUGCGCCCGUGUGUAAUUGUGGUUUUUGGAUGUGUAAUCAGCCGAUACUGUGUUGGUAAUGGCUUUUAGUGUACAACUUUUGCAUUUUGUUUGUGUGUAAUACUGACCAAGUGUUGGUCUGAGUGGAUGUUGAGGCUAUUGAACCAAACGAGUGUAGACAAUACCCCCAACGUUGUAUUUUCAUGUUUCAGUGAAAACCAAAAAUAUUAUCAAUAUUCUUGUAAUAAACAACAAAAAAGCUCUA